AUGUCACGAAGCGACAUUUUGGAGUAUCAAGCCAUCAGCUCUACCAAUCCUCCUCUGAUAGACUGCUUGGUUCUGGAGAAGUCUGCCGGAUACAAAGCACUCGCCGGCCUUGUCUUCAUAUUACCACUAUGCUCUGCCACUCAUGAGACCUAUCAGCGCCUCCAGACACCUGCCUUCGAGUCCGUUUCGAAACACCCUCUUCCAGGGUCUUCGAUCUUCAACAUGCUGCUCUCGCAGCUAAUAUCCCAACUUCUUGCUCUUUUCGCCUUGUUUGCAUGUGCUCUUGCCGCUCAAGACUUCUACAAAAUCCUGGGGCUGGAUAAGUCAUGCUCGGAGCGCGACCUCAAGAAAGCCUAUCGUACACUCUCGAAGAAAUACCACCCAGACAAAUCCACAGGCGACGAGGAGAGAUUUCUCGAAGUAGCCGAAGCCUAUGAAGCCUUGUCUGAUCCGACGACGCGGAAGAUCUAUGACCAAUAUGGCCAUGAAGGGUUGGAAAAUCAUAAACGAGGAGGUGGCGGAGGUGGACAUGGCCAUGAUCCUUUUGAUUUGUUCUCAAGAUUUUUCGGUGGAACAGGACACUUUGGUGGUGGAGGUGGCGGCGGAGUGAGACGUGGUCCAGAUCUGGAGGUUAGGUUGCAUGUGCCACUGCGAGACUUUUACAAUGGCAAGGAUACGGAGUUCACCAUCGAGAAACAACAGAUCUGUGAAGAGUGCGACGGCUCUGGCUCAGCUGACGGACAAGUCGAGACUUGCAACAAAUGUGGCGGACGAGGCAUCUUCAUACAGAAACAUAUGUUGGCCCCUGGCAUAUUCCAACAAGUGCAAAUGACUUGCGACCAGUGCGGCGGCCAAGGCAAAUCUAUCAAACACAAAUGCAAGGUUUGCGGAGGAAAUAGAGUGGUGAGGGGGCCGACGACCCUGACCGCCAGUGUUGAGAGAGGCAUGCCUAAAGGUCACCGUCUGGUGUUCGAGAGUGAAGCUGACGAGCAUCCUGACCAUGUUGCGGGCAAUUUGUACGUCUACAUUAUGGAGUCGGAACCCCAGAUCAACGAAGAUGAAAGCCUGCGCUCAGACGGAACGUUCUUUCGCCGCAAGGGCGACGACUUGUACUGGAAGGAAGUACUCAGCUUGCGAGAGGCCUGGAUGGGUGAGUGGACGCGCAACGUGACCCAUCUUGACGGCCAUGUCGUUCAACUCUCUCGGAAGCGCGGCGAGGUUGUCCAGCCAAACCAAGUGGACACCAUCAAGGGCGAAGGCAUGCCAGUCUGGCACGAAGGACAUGUGCAUGAACAUGAUCACAAUGCGCCCGAGUUCGGCAAUCUGUAUGUCGAAUACAAAGUGAUCUUGCCGGACCAGAUGGACAGCAGCAUGGAAAAGGAGUUCUGGUCGGUUUGGGAGAAAUGGCGCAAGAAGAAAGGGGUGGACUUGCUCAAGGAUAGUGGCAGGCCACCUCCAGCUGUACCAUUAAAGGAUGAGUUAUAG